AUGUUUAGUUUAUUACUGAUAUUUCUACCGUGGGUGCUAGGUGAAGUGGCCAAUUACAAGACUAUUCCGAAAGGCAACAAUCCGACACUUUACUCAAGUGAUGAUUUUGUCAUACAACUCGAUGACUAUACAUUUAAUGAUACCAUAUUCUGCACUGGAAAGAGCUGUACCUCAUAUUUGGUAGAGUUCUAUUCGGAUUGGUGUGGUCACUGUCGUUCAUUUGCUCCUCUCUAUAAGGAAUUGGCCAACGAUGUUCGUGGUUGGCAAGAUGUCGUACAAAUUGCCGCCAUUAAUUGUGCCGACUCUGUGAACCAUAUAACUUGUCAAAGUAAUGGAGUUCACUUUUUUCCAUUCAUUAAGUACUUUCCUCGGAAUUCUACUCAUGCCUUCAACGAAUCCAAGUUGCGUCCGUAUCAUUCACUAGCCGAAAUGAGAGACCAACUUACAAAGGUUGUGAUGGACGACUAUUCAGUGAAUCGUUUCGAGGAGUGGCCAAAGUUUGACUAUCUCGGCGAUGUUGUAACUUGGGACGAGCUUUGGGAUGGAUCGCCUGCUAGUGCUGAACAUUUGGCGGUAGUGUUUGAGAAUCAUCAGGCAAGCCUUACAGGUGCACAACUACUACUUGACUUGCACAAGCAACGAGAUCUCCUUGUCUUACGUCGGUGCCUGAAGAAUCAUCCAUUGGCGGACGCGCUCCAUCUUACUGAUUUUCCCUCUUUGGUUAUUUUCAAGAGAGGAGAAAAAAAGCCAAUUGUUUUAUCUGAACUUCGUCGAUUACUUUUAUCAGAGCUGAAGAAUUUCAUGAAUGGUAUGGCGUACUCGUCAACGAAAUCAGUUCAAUUCCAUGGUCGCAAAAACCGAACGAAUCCUUGUGAUGUGGAUCCUGAAAAGUGUCGGGGAUUAUUCUAUGCGUCCGAAGUGGAUAUGCUGAAAGCAAUGCGGUACGCUUUAUACCGUGAAAGCUCAAGAACAGGUGGUCCAUUGACCGGUACGAACCUAACGGCCCUUCAUUCGUUCGUUGGCCUUCUCGCGGAUCAUUUUCCCAUGACAACGACAUAUGGAAACAAUACCGUGCUUGAGCAAUCGAUGCGAGCUGUCAAGGUCUUUGCUCGUUUGCGAGAAUUUAUAGAGAAUCGCGGUCUAGACAAUGAAAUAACCACUGAUGAUUGGCAAAAGGAGUUCAUUGCAGCCGAGGAAGAAGCUGGUAAUCCAUUUGCGGUGAAUUCUGAAUGGGAACACUGUCGUGGAUCAAGUGGCCAGUAUCGCGGCUACACAUGCGGUCUGUGGGUUGCAUUCCACGCCAUCACCGUUUCUGCAUAUAAACAAGUUACAAGCGAUUUUAAACCUGCGGAGCCACUAAAAGCGAUUCGUGCAUGGAUAGUAUCGUUCUUCGGUUGCCUACACUGCCGUGAACAUUUUUUGAAAAUGACUACAAACACAUUCCCGAUAGAGACGCAGGUUCGCAAUCCAGAUGACGUUUUCAUGUAUUUAUGGAGAACUCAUAACAUAGUGAAUGCACGACUUCAAGGUCGCGAUACAGAAGAUCCACUGUAUCCAAAAGUUCAAUUUCCAGCAACAUUUCUUUGUCAAAACUGCACAUUAAAUGGCUCUCUGGUCGACAAAGAAGUCCGAAAUUUCCUUCUCGAUUACUAUUCCAGAAUCAAACCAUUCCAAAUGAAAAAUUUUUUCUAA